UUGGCGCCCCCCUUCGACCCGUCCGACACGCGCUUCGCCUUCUUCUGGUACAACGAUCAGGAGAUCUUUCACGACACCGCGGCCGACUUGGCGCGCAAGGCGGAGGCGUUCGCGGAUGUCGGCAUCAACCACGUCAUCACCUUCAGCGCCACCCACUUCCGCUGGUCCUUUCGCCGCCACUGGGACCUGCUGACCGAUACCCUGGCGCGCGUCGUGACCGCCUGCCACGCCGUCGGCAUUCGCGUGACCGAGCACCAUUCGAGCCACCUCACGCACAACCCGGUCGACGCAGCGGGCGAACGGCUGCUGGAGGAACGGCUCCGCACGCGCGGGUCGAGCCUGGAGUCAUGGCCCCACCUGCGCGAGGACUGCGACGCCGACCCGGUCAUCGACGGCGUGCCGCUGUCGAGCUGGCGCCAGAUCGACGGCCGCACCGGCAGGUGGGCGCGCUCGGCCUACCCGGGCCGCUACGACUAUCAGGGCUGGACGUUCUGUUUCAACAAUCCCCACUACCGGCGCGCCUACCUGGCCUAUCUGGCGAAGCUGUACGCGACAGGCAUCGACGGCAUCAUGACCGACGAUGUCGAGUGGUUCGGCGCCGGCCACGCCUGCGCCUGUGCCAUCUGCCGCGCGCUGUUCCGGGAACAGAGCGGUCACGAUCUCCCGGAGCCCGGGCCCGCCUGGGAGCGCUGGCACGGCGACCACGGCGAUCCGGCCUACGUCGCCUGGCUGCGGUUUCGGACGUCCUCCACCACGGCCUUUCACCAGGCGGUCAAGGACCACUACACCGGGCUCGGCAUCCGCCCGCUGCGACCCAACUACAGCGAGCGAGUGCUGCACCGGGACCCCCACGGCGUGUCGCUGGAAGACCUGCCCGACCUCGACUGGAUCUUCAAGGAGAACGACUACUCCACGAUCGUUCGCUACUCCUGGUGCAGUUGGGCGAUCGAGGCGGCCCAUCGGUACGCCGUCGGCCGCUGGCGCGACAUCCCGCCGAUGAGCAUGUUCUACCCCGACCGUCCGGAUAGCGUGCGAUUCUGCUGGGGCCUGGCGAUGAGCUGGGGCCACCUGUACCUGGCGACACCGGAGGGCGAGUCCCUCGAUCACACCGAGAAGCGGCUGCGCCGCUUCGAGGUCGCCCACCCCGAGCUGCUGCGCCGGGUGCAGCGGGUGGCAUCGCUGGGCCGAUUCUACGACUCGCGCGCCACCCGCCACCUGUACGAGCACGCCGAAGAGCGGAAGUCUGGCCGGCCCGAAGAGCUCUCCCGGCUGCCGCGGUACCGCGUGGUGGUCCUCAACGAGGCGGUCUUCCUCAGCGACGCCGAGCUCGAGGCGCUGCGCAGCAACGACGAGACCGGCGCGGGUCGCGACGCCGCAGUCCUCGGCCGCUUCUGGGGGAUCGACUCCUUCGCAGCAGUGCCCGACGGCGCUCCGCCGGUGACCACCCGAAUCGGCGCCGGCCGGCUGGUCCAGGUGGCCGGCGACUACGCGCUGGAGCCGGUGGAACGGAUCGCCCGUCCUGUCGGCGGCGGCCGUAGGACGCGUCUGCCGUGGCAGCCGGUUUCGGCCGCGCACGAGCGCCUGCGGGAUGAGCUGGUCGCGUUCCUGGGCGGCCUGGCGGGCGGGGCCGACCUGCAGCUCGACAACCUGCCCGCCGGCGUGCUGGCGACGGUCUUCGCCACCGAGAGCGGUGACUCCCUGGUGGUCCAUCUGCCCGCUCCGUUGCGGUAG